CUUGUUCAAAUGUUCACACUCAAUGAAAGAAUAUUCAGAUCCCAAAUGGUGUGACUCACAGUUCCUCUUUAUGAAUUGCUUGUUUGUCGGCUUUUGAUUCCAAUCCCAAGAUUUUUGGAUGCACGACGCGCCCUUUUCCCGCCAGUAGCCUAGAUUCGACCCAUCCCCGAGCUCUUCCACACGAUCCGAAUCUACUAGACCGGUAUGCCUUCAAUAGCACGAUAUGGGAAUGACACAAGUAGUGUGCUUCAACAGAUUGUGACCUCAUCCUCGGAAACAGACACGCUGGACCAAUUGAUACCUUACAUAAAAGAUUACAGCUAUGGCAACAAGACUUCGCAUCUGCUCAGUCAGCUAUCUGAUUUGGCUGCCGAAAGGGAGACUGAGAUCGAACGACAAUGUAAUGCCAAUCACCAAGAGUUCACAAGUUCCGUCCAGCAACUUCUCCGAAUACGUCAAGGCACCGUGGCAUUGACGAAUGAAAUUCUCGAACUAAACCAGUCCAUCCAAAGCAGCACAGAAAGACUAGUCGAUCAGAAGAAAGCACUCGUAGAAUGCCGCGGUGUGAGGCAAAACAUCGACGACGCCAGUCAUGCUUUGCAGGAUUGCCUAGAAGUGCUUCGCCUGGCUAAUCAAGUACAAGAGCUCCGCGACCAGAAGAAACAUUAUGCAGCUCUACGAGCCCUUGACGAACUUCAGAGUGUCCACCUACAAAGCGUCACGCAAUACAAAUUGAGCGAAUUGAUUCAAAAAUCUGUUCCAGCCAUUCAAAAAUCCAUCGCCGAAGCCGUCAUGGCCGACCUCAAUACCUGGCUUUUUCGCGUUCGAGAGAUGUCGCAAUACCUUGGCGAACUGUCCUUCUACAAUACCGACCUGCGCCAGCAACGUCUCAAAGAGCGGUCUGAGAGAAAUGCAUACCUUGCGAAUUUCAAGCUCAAUUCCGCAAUCGAACUGGUCGCCGAUGAACACGAAGAGUAUGACCUCCUCAAAAGCGAAGACCUGGAGGUAGAUUUCACUCCUCUUUUCGAAGCACUACACAUCCACCGCUCUCUCGGCCAGAUGGACAAAUUUAAAUCAGACUAUACAAACAGCCGCCGGGCUCAGCGCGACCUCCUCCUACAAAACACCAUCUCACUUGUCGACGAAGAGCUCGGAGACCUACACACAUUGCUCGAAGAUAUCGCAGGCUUUGCUAUAAUGGAACGCGCCACUAUGAAAAAGGUGCCGGACCUGCGGUCCACCACAGACGUUGAAGAGCUUUGGGAUUCUCUCUGCCAAAAGGGCAUUUCGCUCAUGUCCAAAGCUCUGGGCGCAGUCGACAACGCCGAACACCUCUUGAAAAUCAAAAACCUAAUUUCUCUCUUCAUACAGACAAUGAAUACCUUCAACUUCAACACCUCGUCCGUGUCCAACUUCGUCCUCACCCUGUUCGACAAGUACGCCGAGCUCCUCAAGCAACGAUUCUCCGAGGACUUUAUCGAGAUCGUCAGUACGGACGACUACAUGCCAAUGCCAAUCCAGAACGCCGAAGAAUUCGAAAAGGUGGUUAAUGUUUCAUGGUACACACCUGACCGGCCAGUGCACGAAAUGACAUUCCCAACCGUCUUCCCAUUCUCCCAAAUGUACCCGCUCUGCUGCAUCGACAUCCGCAACUUCCUGAAUCAGUUCUACUUCUUCAGCUCCCAAGACGAGGCGCCCUCGCCUCUCUCGACGCGCAUCGAUGCCCAACUUCUCACCUCGCUGGAUGAUCUCCUCUGCACCAAGGUCUGCGCCAGCCUCGUCUCCAAGCUCUCGUCCCAGUAUCUCGGUCAGAUCGUGCAGAUCCUGAUCAACCUCUCCCACUUCACGACGGCGUGCCACGAGCUCGAAACCCUCCUCGCCUCGGCGCGCACAACCGCGCAGGCAGGACCUGCCAUCACCCUCCGCGCGACGUCGCAAUUUUCCCAGCACCAAAAGACGGCGGAAAACCGCAUCUUCGAGCUCGUCAACAGCAAAGUGUCGGACCUCAUCGAGACGGCCGAGUACGAUUGGCUGUCUCGCCAGCCGCCCACGGAACCCUCCAACUACAUCCUCACCCUGACGCGCUACCUCGCCAACAUCAUCAACUCGGUGCUCCUGUCCCUCCCGUCGUCGCUGAAGGAUCUCAUGCUCUUCAACGCCAUCUCGUACACGGCGUCGUCGAUCCUCUCUCUGCCCCUCUCCCCGUCGGUCGGGCGCAUCACCACGACCGCCAUCGCCCAACUGUCCAUGGACAUCGACCACUUCCGCAGCUACGUCGAGACCCUCCCGAACAACUCCAUCCUCCUCGAGAGUCUCGACGAGCUCAUCCAGACCGUCGCCCUCAUGUCCACCGACCAACCCGACGAGUUCUACGACAUAUCCCUGCGGAACAAGAAGUACCGCAACGUCGACCCUCUCAAGGGCCCGCAGUUGCUGGAAAAGGUCGUCCACGUCCACGUGCAGAGCCCGACCGCAGGCGGCGGCGGUCACGAUCGGGGAAGUGGCGCCGGUACGCCUGGCCCUCAGAGCCCGGCCUCUGGACACCAGGCCAGCAUGAGAGGCAAUGCCACAUUUGCCGCGCUGCAAAAUAGGUUCAUGAAUACAGGUAGAUAGGUACCCUAGGUAUACAAUCUCAGUACGAAAGUAACGGUGGGCGUCAGAACAACAGGUAUGGUGGAAAGCGUUGUCUUGCCAGUUGUACGAUACAGUGCCUAGGCUACCCACCUAGGUUGGGUAGGUACCUCCUACAGUGCACCGUGUACUGUGUACGUAAGCUACCUAAUACAUACCAAAAUCAC